AGCGUCCUGCAAAUCAGCGCAAAUCCGCGAAGAUGAGAAAGAGGGUGAACGAAAGGGGUCCAAUGGGAUUCGACCGGGCCGUACUCGCCGUACUCGUGGAUCGUCCAUUGAUCGUCAUUGGGUUGCAUCAUCCCCCUACAUACGUGCGGCACGCGUUUCGCGGGCAAAUUGACGGAUCAAUAUCUCACCCCCACGCGGAGCUGAGCCGAGCGGCGGCGAGCGGCAUCGCUCCGAUCGAGGAGAAGCGUGGUGCGGCCGCCAAAAGUUUCAAGAACGCCGUUGUGACCUCAUCGUCGUCCCGAGUCGUCUCGCGCGGCGGCUCCGAGUGCUGGCAGUGCUGCUGCCGAAUCCCGAAUCCCGCUGGCCCGCUGGUCCUCCUUGAACGCGAGUGUAUUUCUCCCUCGAAACGCCGAGCGAGUAUAUCCAUACCUGCCGGAUGAGACCGCGUGACCACCGACGUCUCGCCAGCAACGUGCCGAAGCAGGACACGACGCGCGCUGGUCAGCACGAAAAAUGAUUCGGAGCGUGAUGCGGGGAAUACAGCGACCGGCGUGUUUCCACACGAGGAAAGCGCUGAUAAAGGAGCAUCAAGAGGACACGAAGAUCGCCCGUCACAAUCUCGAUCCGAGGAACAACACGACGAUCGUUGAAAGAAUAUAGUCAGCCACCAGUAACCUUCCUUGUUUCUCCGAGUAUAUUAGCUCGACACACAGUUGUGCAUCGUUGACGUACGAAUGUGCGAUGAAAUCACGAUGUUAGAUAAAUCAGGUGCUGCGCCAAAACACUACCUCUGCUACAUGUACAAAACUACCGAAGAAUUGAUCGUAUUAGGGCUACAAUGAAAAGAUAUAGAUACAUUAUUAUAUUAUAAAAGAAUUAUAUAUAUUAUAUAUACAUUCAUCCAAGUAUAUAUAGAAAGGAUAUAUUCUGAUGGAUAAGCGUUUACACACAGUAUUGAUAUAACGUUCUGUAUCAGAAAAGACUCUUCCUUGCCACGAGGUCCUUAGAAGUCGAUUGACAUUAUUUGUUAUGGAAGCGUUUAGGAAAAAGAGAGAAGAUGAUAACUUUUAUGCCUAUCAAUUUUCUGACGGAUGCACACGUGUAGUAGGAGGAUAAUCGCAUAGAAGCAACAUACACGCAACAAACACAUUGCAUCGAAAGCUCAAGCAGAAUAGAUUUAAGUUAGAAACGAGAACAAUGAGUAUACCGUACGAUGAGAGCUUGAUCUGGAUAGUAGUGGUCGGCUUUAUAGUGGCGUUCAUCCUAGCGUUCGGCAUCGGCGCCAACGAUGUCGCCAAUAGCUUCGGGACGAGCGUCGGCGCCGGGGUGCUCACGAUAUUCCAAGCCUGUGCCCUGGCGACCGUCUUCGAGAUCGCCGGUGCUGUUCUGAUAGGAUACAAGGUCUCCGACACAAUGCGAAAGGGUAUACUGGACGUCUCGUUGUACGAGGGCCACGAGAAGGAGUUGAUGAUAGGGGCGUUAUCCAGUCUAGCUGGGUCCGGUAUCUGGCUACUGGUGGCUACCGCGUUACGACUUCCAAUUUCCGGUACGCAUUCCAUUGUUGGUGCUACAGUUGGAUUUUCGCUCGUGUGCCGGGGUACCGCCGGGGUAAAAUGGAUAGCUCUCGGUAACAUAGCGGCGUCCUGGUUUGCCAGCCCUAUACUCAGCGGGAUUGUAUCUGCCAGUAUCUUUUGGGUUUUGAGAAAAUCCGUGCUUCAGUCUAACAAGCCAUUUGAACAAGGUCUCUAUAUUCUCCCCAUAGCAUACGGUCUGACCGUUGCUAUCAAUAUUAUGUCAAUUGCGCUUGAUGGACCUAAACUAUUAAAGAUGGACAAGUUGCCGUGGUGGAGUAGCUUGAUAAUCGCGCUGCUGGCGGGCAAAUUCACUGCGUUGUACGUAUACGUGUUCGUGGUGCCACGACAGAGGGCGAGAAUACUAUUGUCAUCGAACGGCAGCGACGAGAAAGCAGCGGCAACGACGGCGGCGCACUUUGGUUCCUGCCAAGAGAAUAACGAGACAACGGCGUUGUCGGUGAUCUCGGAGGCUCCCUGCGACACCAGCAAUGGUAACGCGAAGGCCGAUCUGGCGCCGAAGUUGCGCGGUAACACCAGCGAGAGCCCGUUGCUGAUGGUCGCUCAGGCGGACGCAGAGAACGCGCAGAUGGACGGGAUAGUAGACGACGAUGAGCAGCCGGAAGUAUCGAGGCUGUUCGCCUUUCUGCAAGUGCUCACCGCGACGUUUGGCAGCUUCGCGCACGGCGGCAACGACGUCAGUAACGCGAUCGGGCCGCUGAUCGCGCUCUGGGCGGUAUACGCGGAGGGUUCGGCCCGGCAGGAGGCCGAAACACCCAUACUCAUACUGCUGUACGGCGGCCUAGGUAUCUCCACGGGAUUGUGGGUGUGGGGACGCAGGGUUAUACGGACCUUGGGCCAGGAUCUGGCCCGCAUCACUCCCACGACCGGAUUCACCAUAGAGGUGGGUGCCGCGGUGACGGUCCUGUUAGCAAGUAAAAUUGGUCUACCCAUCUCAACAACGCACUGUAAAGUGGGAUCGGUGGUGUGUGUAGGAUGGGCCUCGCGUGGCGGCGAGGGGGUGUCGUGGAAGCUGUUUCGCAAUAUCGCGUUCGCGUGGCUGAUCACCGUGCCGAUGGCCGGCUGCCUGUCCGCCGGUUGCAUGGCCAUUUUCCGCGAGAUAAUUACUUUGUGAUCCUUCGCAGUUGCGAACAACCGAGGCGCUUUAGACGCAGAAAACCAUCCAAAUACUGCUGUUGUCAAUAAGUUCUGAACAAAUAAAUGGUCGAACAAAGGAA